AUGAGAUUUGUAAUUCAAGUCCUCUUUGACAAUACGCCCGAUUAUUCACCUGUUCCUGCCAAUUUCUUUGGCGAUUUUCUUCACGCUUUUGCUGGGGUUCUCCUUGACCACCUGGGAAACGUCGCCGACGAACUCGGGCGUCCUGAGUCUUGCGUUCUGGCCUCAAAUUGUCCUUGUCGUCUGAGGCCCCCAUAUGACUUUCUUUGUGGCCGUCGUAAAGGCUCUCCCCAGCAGCAGAUCGACAAUCGUAUUCCGAAGACACCUUGUACGUCAGUGACCAGACAGCUACUGAGUCCAUCUUUUGUUCCAACUCCGGCUGUUUGUUUGUUUCUUCUUCUUCUUCUUCUUCUUCUUCUUCUUCUUCUUCUUCGUCUUCUUCCUAAUCUUCCUUCUUCUUAUUCUUCUUCUUCUUCCUUCUUCUUCGUCUUCUUCCUAAUCUUCUUUUUUCUUCUUUUUCUUCCUUCUUCUUAUUCUUCUUCUUCUUCCUUCUUCUUCGUCUUCUUCCUAAUCUUCUUUUUUCUUCUUUUUCUUCCUUCUUCUUCGUCUUCUUCCUAA